AUGAAACUAAACUUUUAAGUAAUAAUUUUAUCUACACUUGUUUUACAAUUAUCUUAUGGAUAAGGGCAACUAAGUAUAUGCUCUGGCAUACAGGGUUACCUAUCUUGUGUGAAUACAGAAGGAUGUGAAUUAGUUAAGCAACCUGAAAUGUAAUGCGACGGCAGCUGCUUAUUUUAUAAACAAGAUUAAUGCAGUAAUAGCAAUAUAUGCUAAUGGACAGGUCAGAAUUGCAUAAACACUACUUCAUGUACCACUUUCAAGUCUGAGAGCGAUUGUAAUGCUUCAUAGGUUUGCAAAUGGGAUAAUAUAUAUGUUUGCUAAGAUAUCAAGAACCAUAAUACUUCAAGCAGUAGUGCAGUUAUAUGUCUUCUUUUAAGCUAUUUUUUAGUCUACCUUGCAUUUUGA